UAAUCGUUAUAUGAUGAAUCAGCAUACAAUCAUCAAUAGUAACCAUAGUAAUAAUAACAAUAAUAAUAAUAAUCCCUUGGAUACUAAAAUGACAAAAAAAUUUGGCACUCAUUCAAUUUCAUAUAAAUUACCAUUAUAUAAAAAUAAAUUAAAUCAACAUAAUUUAAUAUUAUUAUUGGCAUUUAUUGAUUUAUUCACAUGUGUUUUUAUAUUACCAUGGGAUAUAUAUCGUGUUGCUAAUUAUGCCUAUGAUGAAACUAUGCCUAUUUUAUCUAUAAAUGAUAAUAAUAAUAAUAAUCUGAAUGAGAAUAGUUCUUCUGGAGACCGUAUUGAUAUAAAUUCUAAUAAAGGAUUCUAUAUUAAUUAUCAAUUAAAUAUUAUAUUAACAUUAUUACGUAAUAUUAUAUUUGCAUGUGAAGGUAGUGUAUUAACUGCUAUUGCAUUUGAACGUUAUAUGAUACUUGUUAAACAAGAUCUAUGUAAAUCAUCUCUAUGUUGUCAUCAUUUAUUGACUAAUAAUAAUAAUAAUAAUAAUAAUAAUAAUAAUAAUAAUAAUAAUAAUAAUAAUAAUAAUAUCACUUCAUUAAUUCAUAAGGUUCCAUUGAUUUAUCAUACAAAUCAUCAUACUACUCAUUCGAAUGAAUUGACAACAUCAUCAACAUUGAUGAAUAUCACUAAUCAAAAAGAUAAGAAUCAUCGAUUCUGUUCAUUGAAUAGAUGUAUUACAUCAAUAUUGAUUAUAGUAAUUAUUGGAACAUGUUUAUUUGAAUGUAUAUUGAUUAUAUUGGAAUUAAUAAAAUGGAAUUGUCAAUUAACUGAACAAUUACGUGAAUUAAUUAAUCAAAUUUAUAUUCUAUUAACAUUUAUCUCAUUUAUUAUUAUUACAUAUUUAUAUGUAAAAAUAUUUAGAACAGUUAGAGAGAAUGAUUUAAGGAAACAACGAUGGUUAACUACUAUUCAUCAUCAUCAUCAUCAUAAUACAAAUUAUACAUCAAUGAAAUUAUUAAAUAAAUCCAAUUCAUUUUUACAAUCAUCUAUCUCUAAUAAUAAUAAUGAAAUAGAACCAGUAUUAAAGGUAACAAAUGAACAUGACACCAAUUCAAUAGUUAUAUUCAAUGAUCCAAAAAUACAUCAUUGUGAUACAACACAAUCUAGAAGAUAUGGAUUACCAUUUAGAUUAAUGAAACAAUUAAGUUGUGAUCACGUGAUUACAAAACAACCACAACCACCACCACCACCACCACAACAACAACAAGAACGAACACCACCACCACCACCAGCACAACAACAACAAGAACAAUGUUAUCAUCAACAUCAAUUAGAGACAACUAUACAAUGGAAUAUAUUAAAAAGACGUAUUCUAUUAAAAACACCAUCUAUAUCAACAUUAUUUGAACAUUCAAAAGCUAAAGAAGAAUCUAAUAAAUCUAUGAUAUCAAAACAUAAUAAUCAAUUUAUUGGAACAACAACAACAACAACAACGACAACAACAAUACCGUCUGCAAUAUCUCCAUUAUCUGUAAAUCGUUUAUUAUCUAAACGUGUAACACGUAGUCAUCGUACAGGUUUAAUGAUAUUUAUUUCUACUGUAAUCUUUUAUGCUACAUUAUUUCCUGUUUUAUGGGUACAUUUUAAAUUUUGGUGGAAAUAUACCAUCACCGCCAUUCCUACCACCAUUAUCCCUACCGCUACCAUCACGAAUAACUCUAUGAAUAAUAGUAUUGAUCAAAUCAAUCAAUUACAUAAUAGAACAAAAUUUAUUCUUAAUAAUCAAGAGAAUGAUGGAAGUUUUAUGACAACUGUACAUCAUGAAUUUUAUUAUGUCAAUAAUGCUGUGAAUUUUUUUAUUUAUUCAUUAUUUAAUCAAAGUUUUCGUGAAAGAUUAAAACGUUUACUUGCGAAAUAUUGAAUAUUGAAUACGCAUUAAAACAAAAUUAAUGAAGGAUUAUUCUUAUUCUUAUUAUUCUGUUUUAUAUAUUGACACAUUGAAAAGAAGCAAACAAACGAACAAACAAAUCAUUCAAUCAUUUUUGGUUAGUUCAUUUUUCUUCUUCUUCUUCUUCUUCUCUAACAUAACUACUCAUAAAUAUGAUUAUAUAAGUAGUUAAUUUAGAUUGAAUAAAAAAAAUAUGAUUGAUUGAUAUUGGAUGAAUAAUAUACUGAGAUGUUUGUCUGGUUAAAGUUGUCUUUUUAAUUUUAAUACAGAUUUACUUUUCUAUGAGAUGAAGUCCAGUGGAGAAGAAUUGGUACAACAAUUGGAUAGAAUUAUGAAGGAAGGUAUAGGAU